UGUGUGUGAGAAAAUUAUUUUAUGAUAAUAACUACUGAAAUUAUACCAGACUUAAUUAUCUAAGUAGCACAUUAAAUCAGGGUAUUAGAAAUAAUCAUGGUUUACCUUUUUUUCUCCAUGCAGAAACAAAUGUCUUGAUCCAAGGUCAGGAUGUGCAAGUCGUUCCUGCGCCGCAACACCUUUGUGCUCUUUACCGUGGCAGCAGUUGUAGCCGGAAUCGUGUUGGGAUUUGUUAUGCGACCACACAACUUAACCUUGAGGGAAAUAAAAUAUUUCUCCUUCCCUGGGGAGCUACUGAUGAGGAUGUUACAGAUGCUUGUCCUUCCACUCAUUGUGUCCAGUCUUGUUACAGGGAUUUCCUCCUUGGAUAGUGGAGCUUCUGGAAAGAUGGGAGCACGAGCUGUGGUUUACUACAUGGUGACCACUAUCAUCGCUGUGUUUAUCGGUAUUGUCAUGGUGAUCAUCGUAAAGCCGGGAAAAGGCAACAGAGACAGUCCAAUGUCCUCUACUGGGAGUAUUGAAUCAGUGCAAGCUGCUGAUGCCUUUCUGGAUCUUAUCAGAAACAUGUUUCCUCCUAAUUUAGUUGAAGCUUGUUUCAAACAGUACAAAACGAUUUACAAGAAAACAGUUUUCACCAAGGACAUCACUAUUUUAGUCAAUGUGAGUCAUGAGACCAAUGCCACCAAGUUCAUCCAGGUUGGAAAUUACAGCACAGUCCUGCAGACCAUACAGGAGACAGUGGAGGAGAUGAUUCCAGUCUCAGGCUCCUCUAAUGGGGUUAAUGCUCUUGGUCUGGUGGUGUUUUCUGUGUUCUUUGGCUUAGUGAUCGGGAAUAUGAAGCAGCAGGGCCAGCCGCUGAAGGAAUUCUUCGACUGCCUCAAUGAUGCCAUAAUGCGCUUAGUAGCAAUCAUAAUCUGGUAUGCACCAGUUGGGAUCCUUUUUCUAAUUGCUGGAAAGAUCAUGGAGAUGAAAGAUCUGGCACAGGUUGGAGGGCAGUUGGGCAUGUACACCUUCUGUGUCAUCAUUGGUUUACUCAUCCAUGGUCUCUUCAUUCUGCCCUCACUCUUCUUUCUGAUUACUCGAAGAAACCCCUAUACAUUUAUCGGUGGUCUCAUCCAGGCUUUGGUUAUGGCCUUAGGAACAUCUUCCAGUUCAGCCACGCUUCCCAUCACCUUCCGUUGCUUAGAAGAGAACAACCAUGUGGACAAACGUGUAACGCGGUUUGUUUUACCUGUGGGCGCCACCAUAAACAUGGAUGGUACAGCUCUGUAUGAAGCAGUGGCUGCCAUUUUCAUAGCCCAAGUUAAUGACAUGGACCUGAACUUUGGACAAAUCCUUACCAUCAGUAUCACAGCAACAGCUGCCAGCAUUGGAGCAGCAGGUAUUCCUCAGGCUGGUCUGGUAACCAUGGUGAUUGUAUUGACAUCUGUGGGACUGCCCACCGAGGACAUAACACUCAUCAUUGCUGUGGAUUGGUUCUUGGAUCGUCUCAGAACCACUGCCAAUGUCCUGGGAGACUCCUUAGGAGCUGGUAUUGUGGAACAUCUGUCACGAAAGGAACUGCAGAACCAGGACACAGAUAUUGGCAACACUGAGACUGAGGAAAACAAAAAGACCUAUAAACUGAUCUGCCAGGAGGAUGACUGCCUGGGACACCAAAACAGUGAAAGUACAAUGUAAAAAAUUAUAAUAAAGAUAGG